AUGACCAGCAGAGUCCUUCUCUUGACAGCCCUGGCCUUAUGUCAUGGAUUCAACCUGGACACAGAAAAUGCAAUAACCUUCCAAGAGAAUGCAAAGGGCUUUGGACAGAGCGUGGUCCAGUUUGAGGGAUCCCGGGUGAUGGUUGGAGCCCCCCAGGAGAUAAAGGCUACCAACCAAACUGGUGGCCUCUACCAGUGUGACUACAGCGUGAACUCAUGUGAUCCCAUCCCCCUGCAGGUCCCCCCGGAGGCUAUUAAUAUGUCCCUGGGCCUGUCUCUGGCUGUCACUACCAAACCCUCCCAGCUGUUGGCCUGUGGCCCCACUGUGCACCAAACCUGUAAAGAGAACAGCUAUGUGAAUGGCUUCUGCUUCUUAUUUGGAUCCAACCUACAUCAGCAGCCCCGGAGAUUUCCUGAGACCCUCAGAGAAUGUCCUCAACAGGAGAGUGACAUCGUCUUCUUGAUUGAUGGUUCUGGCAGCAUCAACCCAAGUGACUUUCAGCGAAUGAAGGAGUUUGUCUCAACUGUGAUGGGCCAAUUCAAAAAUUCCAAAACAUUGUUCUCUUUGAUGCAGUACUCUGAUACGUUCCGGACUCAUUUCACCUUCAAUCAAUUCAAGAAUAAUCCUAAUCCAAGAUCACUGGUGACGCCAAUAAGACAGCUGAUUGGGAGGACACACACUGCCACAGGAAUCCUCAAAGUAGUAAGGGAACUGUUUCACAGCAGUAAUGGGGCCCGGAAAAAUGCCCUUAAGAUCCUGGUUGUCAUCACAGAUGGGGAGAAGUUUGGUGAUCCGUUACGCUACGAAGAUGUCAUUCCCGAGGCAAACAGAGAAGGGGUCAUUCGCUAUGUCAUCGGGGUAGGAGAUGCUUUCAGAGGUGAGAAGUCCCGCCAAGAGCUUAGAACCAUCGCAUCCCAGCCAUCUUCUGAACAUGUGUUCCAGGUGAAUAACUUUGAAGCUCUGAAAACUAUUCAAAACCAGCUGCAAGAAAAGAUCUUUGCAAUUGAAGGUACUCAAACCGGAAGCACCAGCUCGUUUGAGUAUGAGAUGUCUCAGGAAGGCUUCAGUGCCGCCAUCACUUCUAGUGGUCCUUUGAUGGGCGCUGUGGGGAGCUUUGACUGGGCUGGUGGAGCUUUUUUGCGAACUUUAGACAAUAAAGCCACCUUCAUCAACACAACCAGGGUGGAUUCAGACAUGAACGAUGCUUACUUGGGUUAUUCUGCUGAAGUCAUCUCGCGAAACCGGGUACAGAGUGUGGUUCUGGGGGCACCUCGAUAUCAGCACAUUGGCAUGGUGAUAAUGUUCAAACAGAAUGCUGACACCUGGGAGACCAGUGCUUCUAUCAAGGGAAAACAGAUUGGCUCCUAUUUUGGGGCCUCUCUCUGCUCUGUGGACUUGGACAUGGAUGGCAACACUGACCUGGUCCUCAUUGGGGCUCCCCAUUACUACGAGCAGACCCGGGGGGGCCAAGUGUCGGUCUGCCCCUUGCCCCGGGGGCAGAGGGCCAAGUGGCAGUGUCGGGAUGUUCUCCGUGGAGAGCAAGGACAUCCUUGGGCCCGCUUCGGGGCAGCCCUGACAGUGCUGGGGGAUGUGAAUGGGGACAGGCUUACAGAUGUGGCCAUCGGGGCACCGGGGGAGCAGGAGAACCGGGGUGCGGUCUACAUAUUUCAUGGAGCAUUAGGACAGAGCAUCAAUCUCUCCCACAGCCAGCGGAUUGCAGCCUCUCAGCUUUCUCCCAAUCUCCAGUUUUUUGGUCAGUCGCUGAGUGGGGGCCAGGACAUCACGUUGGAUGGUCUGGUGGACCUAGCUGUAGGAGCCCAGGGGCGUAUGUUGCUACUCAGGUCCCAGCCAGUAUUGAGAGUCAAAGUAACCAUGGACUUCACACCCAAGGAAGUGCCAAGGAGUGCAUUUGAUUGCCGUGACCAAGUGGUGGGGAACCGGCAUGCUGGGGAAGUCAAAGUCUGCUUCCGUGUCUACAAAAGCACACGAGACCGACUGAGAGAAGGAGAGAUCCAGAGCAUCGUCACAUAUGACUUGGCCCUCGACUCUGGCCGCUUAAAUCCCCGGGCCAUCUUUGACAAGACAAAGAAUAGUACACUUAGACAAGCACAGACCUUGACUCUGGUAGAGAAAUGUGAGACCCUGAAGCUACAGUUACCGGAUUGUGUAGAGGACCCAGUGACCCCCAUCACCCUGCGCCUCAACUUAUCUCUUAUGGGGGAGCCAUUACCCUCUUUCGGGAAUCUCCGGCCAGUGUUGGCGGUGGAUGCUCAGAGACUUUUCACAGGCAUGUUCCCCUUUGAGAAGAAUUGCGGCAAUGACAGCAUCUGCCAGGACGAUCUCAGCAUCACCUUCAAUUUUAUAAACCUGGACACGUUGGUGGUGGGUAUCACCUUUAAUAUCACAUUUGAUGUGGACUCUAGUGCUUCUCUCGGAAGGAAAUUACUUCUCAAAGCCAAUGUGACCAGUGAGAACAACAUGCCCAGGACUGAAAAAACCAAAUUCCAGCUAGAACUGCCUGUGAAAUACGCUGUCUACAUGGCGGUCACCAGCCAUGAGCAACCCACCAAGUGCCUCAGCUUCUCAGCCUCAGAGGAGGAGGAAAGCAGUGUGGCCAAGCAUAGAAACCAGGUGAACAGCUUGGGACUGAAGGACCUGCCUGUCAGCAUCAACUUCAGGGUGCCUGUUGGCUUCUUCAAGCACCAGAAUAGGAAAUGA